UCUUGUUUCACUGAACGAUGGCAAAUGUCCGGAAAAAUCCUGUUUCCUUCACAUGGCAAUGUCUAUUGGGUGAAUGUUACAAACAUUCUAUGUAUUUUGUUUGUACCAAUAAAUUAAGGAUAUAAAUUUACAAUCUUUUUUGGUGGGCGAUCUCUUACAAAGUAUUCUUAAGUAAAACUCCUCUUUGUGAUAAAUGGUUGAAAAAAGCCUGAAAAAACACAUUUUGGCAUAAUUUGGAAGUCUUUAUAUGUAUCUGCAAUUACAUGUCCCUCAAAUUGUUUGUACAUAUUUUCAGUUUUUAUUUUUAAAAAACAUUACAUUGGUCGAAAAUGACCUGCCAGCAUUUGCCAACAUCGUUAUGUUACUGCUGUGUGUUCAAGAGUUAAAUACCGUCAUUUACAGAUGAGAUUUCAGAGCAAGUGAUAGGGCAUGUUUAAUUUAGGUGGUUUCAUAGUAAUGUUUAUUAGAUUAUAGUUACAGUCUGUAAUGUUAAUCUUUAAAUAAACUAUACAUAUUAAAAUGUAAAAAAAACUUUUAAAACUUAACAUUUUUACAUUAAAAAUUAUGUUUUUACAUACAUUUUUAUUAUAUACAUUUAAAAUUUUAAAAGUUUGUAUUGUAUACUAACUUAAAAAUUAACAAUUUCCUAUUUAUGGCAGAAAAACUAUUGGAGUGUUUGUGAUUUUAAAGAAUAGUUUAUAUUUGAAUGCAACAAACAUAUUAAAAUGUUAUAUAUCUGAACAUGAAACAAAUAUUUUUUCUAGGGUUCCCAAUGGUACUAACAGUAAUAAAAAUGAUGUCUAAAAAUAAAUGAAUGCGCUCACACCUGAGGAAACACCAGCUGUGAGAGCACGCGUGUGAUAGAUUUGCGGUGCAGUUACGCGUGUGGGUGUGGCUGGGAAUAGCUCUGGCGCUCUGCCACAGCGAGUCUAUCACUCUGUUUCUAGUCUUGGAUUGCACACCUUUCCUUGUCACUAUUCUCUUGUUAUUUCUCUAAAAUAUGUAAUCAGACCUCACCCCCAAUGUGGUGAGGUCCACCAGUAUCCAGUGUGAAGUCGCUGCCGUCUGCUUGUCAUUGGCCCAAUGCCAGCUGAGACCAAAAUGUCGAAGUGGACUCGCUCGCUCACUCGGCUUGCACAGGAAGACAUUUUGCAACCCAGUUUCACCAGUGGUUAGGUUAGAUCGGUGCUAAUUGAUAGUGCAUUUCAGUUUUACUGUUUUCGAGUAAUUGAUUGUAUAUGUAGUGCAGUGUUGAGAUUGGAUAGUCGGUUUACAAGAUGUUCAAAUUAUUUUACUGGCUAAUUUAUGAUUUCUAUGUGGGAAUUUAGAACUGAAAAUAUUUAUUUCUUUGAUCUUAUGAAAUGAGAAUCAAAGUUAGAUUAAAAUAAGUAUAGAUGUUUUAGAAUCUUUCUUUAAUGUGAUUAGAAAUGUUUCAGAAAAUUUGUCAAGACUUAUUAAACACAAUUUUACAGAAUAUUUUCAAAAUUAAUUUUGUUGUUUUUAUAAUGAGUUGAACAUAACAUUAUGUAGAAAAGAAUUCUAAAAGUGAAAGACAUUUUUCAGUUUUUAAAUUGUGAAUUGUGAAAAUGUGAACUGCACAAUCAUUAAACUGUGUGCUUAAGCAUGGCAGGGAAGCCAAGUGACGUCGAGCAGGAAUGGUCAGUGCAUGCUCACCUGACUAUCUCCCAUGGGAACACCCCAGCCCAGUCGCCCCGUGCAGUUGCACACCCUUGUUACGGCUUCCAACGUGGCAACAUCGUAUUCACCACACGACCUCCGGGAGACAGCAGCAGUCUGCCUGUUCGCAGGCCUACACAGCCGUAUGGCCGCCGCUGCAUGAGCACGUGUAACAUCACGCUGGACCCUGCACAUAUGCAUGCUCCGCCACGCUGCCACCAUACCGUUACAUUGUCUUGUGAACCGAGCAAAGAGUGCGAUGUGUGUGAUGGUGGCAGACUCAGCCCCACUGCUACACGAAGACCCCAUACCUUCACUUCACACUUCUGCACACGUGUGCCUGACAAGACUGUUGGCACCAAGACAGUGGCCUCACAGACAUCUCAGAUAUUUUCUCCCCCAACACCUCCGCCCCCUGAUAAGCCCACUAGACUUGAGGUGCCAGGAAAUGAAGACAAGGAGAAACGGCCAGGAAAUAAAUCUCCCCGUAAGUUGUCAAGAUCACCAGCGAGGUUGCGAGGAAGAUCUCCUCUCCUGACAAAGCGUGAACAGUCAAGUGAAGCCAAGAAGAAGCAGCCACGCACUGUGCACAUUGAUGUAUAUUGUACAGGAUCAGAGGCUAGUGGUUCGUCGGACGCUGAAGACCCAUCGGACUCUUCACGGCAGACCGUGUUCGAGUCAGAGGAGGUGCGAGUGGUCCAUACUCGGGAAGAUGAGAGGUUACCUCAGGCUUUAUGUCGACAGAAGCGGAGAACGCUCAGUGAGGCGUCAAGCUCCCACAGCUGUCUCGGUGGAGAUACCAGUAUUAGUUCCCUUUAUCCGUCACAGAGGAGCUCCUUUGCCUCAGGUGUCAGUUUGGGUACUGACAGUCUGCAGACUGAUAGUAGCAUCCUUUCUCAUGUCACCUCCAGUUGCGCCUUGUUCAGUGAUGAAGUCAUAACUUCAUGGAAGGAUACCAGUGAUGUCGACUCUAUCCGACAGAGUGACCUUAGCUUGGGUCGGGCAGACAGCUUCGACUAUGAGAACAGCAUUGAUCGCUGGCGGAUCCUACAGAAAGAGAAAGCUUGGGCUGAGAACCAUGAGAAGACAUGGAGAUCACCAGAAAAGGAGCGGAGACAUCACAUGCAGCAGCGAAGAUACCAGCAGUAUCUGGAGAGGCGAGGAUCCCCCUUCCCUCAGUGGGAGGUGGGAAAUGAUGAGGUGGAAGAGGAGACCGACAGCAGUUCAGACAUCUCGGAAAACUCUGCAGGCUCUGAGAUGGGGUGGACUUUUGGUGACUUGGAUGAAAAGUUGAAACAUGUCAAAAGAGAAGACACUGUCAGGCGAGCCAGUAGAGAUAUUAUUUUUGUCAAGAGCGAAUCAGAAUUGAAAAAACAAGCGAGUAAAAUACUUGAUUCUGGAAGUUUAAGUGAUUCUGCGGCACCAUCUCCGAUUCAACACAGGUUCUUAAAACGGGAUAACAUUGGUCCUUUUGGUGUAAAAGAACCUUCUCCUCCUAAGGCUAAACUGGAAUCAACCGUAACAACUCCUUUUACAGCGAUUCCGGGUAAGAAAUCUGAUCAAAUGUCUAAGGCAGAAAAAUUUGGAACUAUUCUGGGCACUCUGAGGAAACCAGGACACCAUGUGGGGCCAUCAAAGAACCCAGACUGUUCGUGUAACAACUGCAGGCAGUAUUACGAGGAGAUGGGUUAUCGUAACCGGACUCGGUCCUUGGGAGACAUGCCCAGUUCCCAGGAAAGGGAUAAGUGGAAGGCUACCCUGGAUACACUUUUACAGAACAGACUGACUGAGGAUUCUGGCAGUGGAGAAUGGGACUUGGGCACUCCAGUCUAGACUAUACUCCUGAUAUCCUAUACCAUACCGUUAGGUGUUAUUUUUUUUAAAAGUAUUGAGAAAAAUAAAUUAAUUUUUUACUAUCAAUAUUAUAAUCCCAGAAUUUGGUACCAGUACAACCAGUAUUCAACAAGGUUUGCUUGGAAAAUAGUCCUCUUCGGGGUACUUUGUUUUCUCAUUUUCUUAGUUGUUGGCUCUUUCACUUAUCUCUUCAUUCUGCAUAACAAACUUCAACACUCUAACCCUAUCUGUUUCUUAUCCUAUCUUUAAGAUUUCCACUUUAGAGACUAUCUCAAAAUCCAUUCUCACCUAUCCUGUUGAGACCAGACCAUUUCUUAUUCUCCCCAUUCUAUCUUAUAUUGUAGUAUUGAUUUAUUCAUCAUCAUUAAUUAUUUUCCUUUCAUCAUUUCUAUUCUUCUAGCUUCUAUUCAGGAAUCUCAUAGAACGUAAUUCCAUUUCUAUAUUUUUCUUUGUACAUUUUUAUCUCUACCUCUGCUCCAGAUUAAAAUUUUUUAUUUUUUCUAAUACUUCUCUACUUUUGUAUGUUCCUUUCACUAACUUCUAACCAAUUAAUACAACUUUUCAACCUGUGUUGCCAGUUUGAUAGAAUCAUUUUAAUUCUUUUAUUUAUCCAGUCAUUUGAAGAACUUCAUUCUCUUCAUGUUCUUUCCCAAAUGAUUUACUAUCAUGAGAACAAAGUAAAAAAUGUUUAUAACAUUUUUGUCACCUAGUACUGACCUAACCUAUCUGUUGUUGGUUUAAAGUCAUUUCUGGAGUCCAAAAGAUAAAUCACCUUCCUUAUUCUUCUAAAACAUACAAAUAAAACAAUAUAUUCAAGCUAAAUAUUAAAAUACCCAUUUAUUUAGUCUGUAAAUAAAUCAGCUAUUUAUAUAGAAUGAUAACACAUAAAAUUGUUAAUAUAUGUUUGUAAUAAUAAAAAGAAAACAUAAGAUAAGGUAUGUAGAUAUUAUAGGAUACUGUCAUCAUAAAAAAAGAACAUUUUAAUACAAUUAUUAUAGUAUAAAUGUAUAAUAUAAAAUGAUGAUUUAAAAUAUUUAACAUUAACAUGGUUAAUGGUUAUAGCAUGUAUUACAGCAUCCAAUACUGGAUCUAUAGCAUGGCUUUGUCUUCGAAAUUUGGCCAUCCAUCUUACAGAACAUUCACUACAAUUACCAUUCUUUUCUUAUUUUAAAAGGCUCAUCAGUCAUCUUUUUGAUAUUGUUCUUCCUGUCGUCAUCAGCUACAGACUGUGUUAAUACCUUAUCAAUCAAAGUAAGCAGGAUAGGCAUAACCUCUGACUCUCUCUGUUAAAUAUUUUAUCAUAGACGUACAAUUUUUUAAUUUCUUAAAAUUAACUAUGUAUCUUUUCAUAAUAUUGUAGAUUGAGUCUGAACAAUUUGUAUCUUUAAGGGAGAUAUUAAUUGUACGCAAUGCCAAGAAAAUAGUUUUAGGCACUUGGGUGGACAUUGUGUAAAUAAAAAUGAAUUUUGGAAUGGUUAGAAAUAUUUAUUCCAUUUAAAAAUUAAUUGUGCGAUUGUUUUAACCUGUAUUAAGAAUGUAAUGUUUAAACUCUACAAAUUGCUCAAAAUAGACUUGUGCUUAGUCAUGGUCAAUAGAUUUGUUCUCUUAGUAAUUUAAUUUUUUUACUUUUUCAUGUUUUUGUACUAUUAAAAUCAACUAUUGGUUGUGCAUUAUAAAGUUGCCACACAUAGACUAGAUAAAGUUAAAUGUGUCUUUCCAAGAUUUAACAUUUUUUACUCUUUAUUCACAUUUCUGUGUGUGGGACAUAAAUUGAUCUAGUCAUAAUAAUAAGCUUUUAAGUAUGCUAUCGCUUAAGUAUUAUUAUUGUUUUUAUUUUUGUUAUUUAUUGCUAGUGAUACUUAAUCUUAUUUCUAAGUAUAUUUAUGGGUUGAAAAUUGUUUUGUGAUUUAUACAAUAAAAUAUGAAUGAGUGGAGCAUUUUUGGCAUUUUUAUUUAUUGUUAUUAAAUUAUUUAUGUUGAUUGA